AUGCAUUGCGUGUUCCGUUGCCAGGAUACAGCAGUACCCAGUUGCCAGCUCCAUGGUUGCUAGCUGCCAGCUACGCUCGCUAACAGACUGACGCAGAUAAAGGCGUUCAGAGUGAACUCAGACAGUUAGAGAGACAUUUAAAACAAACAAGGAGAGUCAGUUUUAUCUUUGUAGGCGCUUGUAUCUGUUAAAGCGUGUGUUUGUUGUCUCGGACGGUUUAAAACCUCAGGUGGUGUGAUUCGUUGUUAGAUGCUAGCUGGGUGGCCAAUGCUAGUCGGUCAUAAAACCUGUAGCAGCAGUUAAACGGUUCACUCUUAAGUGCAUCUAACGGGUAGACACAUUUCUGUAACCUUAGCUAGCUAGCUAGUUGGGUUCUCCCGGUAAUCCGUUAGCGUCCUAUGGAGCGGGCUGGCCGGGGGAAAGACACCAGACUGCUGAAGAACCAGCCGUACGACGAGAGCCUGGAGGUGAAUGACCCUGAUGAGGUAGCGAGCGUCUACAGCCCGAUUCCCCUCAGCCAGCGUCAGCCAGAGUCCAGGAGAAGCAGGAAGGGGCGUGGCCUGAUGUCGGCCAACAGUGACGAGUUUACUGAGGACCGCAAGCCUCAGAGGCCCAACGAGUCCGCUGGCGGCCUGCCUGGCGUCAGUCCGAACGGAGAGGACGAGGAGGAGGAGGAAGAAGAAGAAGAGGAGGAGGAGGAGGAGGACUCCGAUGAAGAUGACUCGGACGAUGACGACGAGCUGGGCGAGGCCCCCGAGGGCGCGUACAACCCCGCCGACUACGCCAACCUGCCGGUCAGCACCGAGAUCAAAGAGCUGUUCCAGUAUAUCACACGCUACAGCCCUCAGCCCAUCGAGCUGGAGCACAGCCUGAAGCCCUUCAUCCCAGAAUUCAUCCCAGCUGUCGGUGACAUCGACGCCUUCCUGAAGGUGCCGAGGCCGGACGGAAAAGCGGACGACCUGGGUAUGCUGUGUCUGGACGAGCCCAGCGUGAAACAGUCGGACCCCACGGUGCUGUCGCUGUGGCUGUCAGAGGAGACCAAGCAGCACGGAGCCAGCGAGUUGAAGAAGGUGACGAGUGUAGCCAGUCCCCAGUCCAACCCUCGGGCGGUGGACAGCUGGGUGGAGAGCAUCAGCGCCCUGCACCGCUCCAAACCCCCGGCCAGCGUGCAGUACAGCCGCGCGAUGCCGGACAUCGACAGUCUGAUGCAGGAGUGGCCGGCCGAGUUGGAGGAGCUGCUGGGUCGCCUGCAGCUGCCGCCCGCCCGUCUCAACUGCAGCCUGGCCGAGUACACCGACGCCGUCUGCAGCCUGCUGGACAUCCCCGUUUACGGCAGCCGGAUCCAGUCUCUGCACCUGCUGUUCAGCCUCUACCUGGAGUUCAGAGACUCGCAGCACUUCACACGCAGAGCUUAGGAAGAGGCUGGAGGAUCUUCAUCAGAGGGACACACCUGAGAAGAUGCAGGGAGAACUGAAAGCUGACAUCCUGAUUUAAAGUCUGUAUUCCGGCUGCUUUGCUUAUAUUCCUCAAAGUGUCACAGACAGGGUUCAAAAUUAACUUUUUCAUCCACCAAAUGGCUAGUGAAUGUGC